CAGGAGGGUGGUGUGGGGUCGAGGUCCGAGCAGCUCUGCUAUAAAAGCCUCCAGUGCCGGACUCUUACCCACUCUCGACGAGCAGCGAACCCGCCAGGACCCAUCAUGAAGUUUGUGGCUUUAGCUCUGACCCUUCUGCUGGCUGUUGGCUCUCAGGCCCAGGACAGUGGGAGUGUUGCUUCCGUCCAGCUGGCCAAGAUCCAGGACGGCGCCAGGGUGUACCUGAGCCAGGUGAAGGACCAAGCCCAGAAGACCCUCGACCUACUGGACGGCACCGAGUAUGAAGAGUACAAGGUGAAGCUCAGCGAGUACGCCCAGACCCUGGCGCCCUACGCAGACACCUUCUCCACCGGCUUCUCGGAGGCGCACGCGCGCACCCAGAGGGAGAUGGAGGCCCUGCUUCUCGCCGUGGAGCCCCGCCGACAGGAGCUGCAGGCCCUGCUGCAGAAGCAGACGGAGGAGUACCGCGUCACGCUGGAGCCCCUCUUCCAGGAGUACGUCGGCCAGAGCCAGGAGCGCGUGGAGUCCCUGAAGGCCCGCCUGCAGCCCCUCCUGGAGGAGAUGCGCACCAAGAUGGAGGCCAAUGUGGAGGAGACCAAGACCAAGGUCAUGCCCCUGGUGGAGGGGGUCCGCAGCAAGCUCACGGAGCGCCUGGAGCAGCUGAGAACCAUGGCCAGCCCCUACGUGGACCAGUACCAGGAGCAGGUCUCCAAGGCCGUGGGCGACGCCUCAGAGAGCCUGGCCCCCCACACAAAGGACCUGCAGGCCAAGCUGGAGCCCCUUGUGGAGGACCUGAAGGCCAAGUUCGACGCCGUGUACAAGUCCUUCAGCGACAUCGUCCAGGCCUAAAGAUCUCCCUGGGUGCUGAGACUCUGCGGUCGAAUCCAAUCAUCGGACACCUCUAGAGAGCCUCUCACGGCAGCGAUGGAAAACCCAACAUCGGCAUGUGUUGCCAUUUGAGUUAAAGAAAUAUCUGAAAAUGAAAGAAACAUCUCUCACAUCUCGGAUAUGUUGAUCCAACAUCGGCAUGUGUUGCCAUUUGAAAUAAAGAAAUAUCUGAAAAUGAA